UCAAAUGCAACACUGCGCGGAAUAUAGGACGCUGUGCAGCAAAACAAAACAAUCGCACCAGAAGCCCCCCGACUAUUGGAAUUUAUCCAGUUUUACUUAAUCUUGUGUGCCAUUGUGUCCUGAGUAUCUUGUUGCCAAGCAUAUAAAACCAGAAAUGCGUCAGUUCUGAGAACUUUAUGCAGCGUUUAAUAUAACUUUGAGCGAAGCGGACGCGAGAGCGAAAACCUUGGAAUUGCUACCGAAAACAUCUUUAAACGAAAAUUUCUAAUUUUGCGAAUUGAAUUAAACCUCUGAGAAGCAAUGGCAGCACGCGGUCGCGGAUUUCUUUUAUCCCUCAAAACAGAGAAAGAUUCCACUGAUGGAGAUUCAUCUCUAAAGGAUAGUGGCUUAGGCAGUAAAAGUUUGAAUUCCGGUGGAGAGUAUCGUCGUGUCGGUCGUGGCAGGCUGCUAGAUGAUUUGGCUUCAUCAUGCACCAAUAUGACACUUGAGGGUCGUUCGUCUGACGAUACCAAUCAAGGAAAUAUUACAUCUACAACUGAUUCGAAUAAAGCUCCCUGUUUGGGGGGGGGUCGCGGUCGUGCCAAUGUUUUCAAAACUUUAUUUACUGAUGAGCCAGCAGAGCCUAAGUUGGAUACUCAGCCCGCUCCCGUUCCCGUUUCCGUUCCCGUUCCCAUUCGCGCUCCUGUUCCAAUGCCUGUGCCUGAACCGGAGCCUGAGAAAGAGGUAAUUCAGGCCGAUAUUUAUAAUCCAGAAUUGAAACACGGCAACAAAGGUAUGCCAGUACGUUUGGCAUGUAAUUACAUACGUUUGUCAUCUGAUCCCGAAAAAGGUGUGUUUGUCUAUGAAGUGCGAUUCCAUCCCCCAGUAGAUUCGCUUAGUUUACGUAUGAAGUACCUGAAUGAACAUCGUGAUAAAUUUGGCGGCACUAAGACAUUUGAUGGAGUAACUUUAUAUCUGCCAAUUUUACUUAAAGAUAAACUAACAACUUUUCUCAGCAAAAAUGUCGCAGACAAUUCCGACAUUGAAAUAAGAAUCUUAUUCAAACGCAAAGAAGCGCUCAAGAACUGCAUACAUCUAUACAAUGUGCUGUUCGAUAGAGUUAUGAAAACUUUGAAUUAUGUGCGUUUCGAUCGAAAGCAAUUCGAUCCAACUGCUCCGAAGGUCAUUCCACAGGCAAAAUUGGAGGUAUGGCCUGGCUAUGUAACCGCAAUUGAUGAAUACGAAGGCGGUUUGAUGCUGUGCUGUGAUGUAUCCCAUCGCCUUUUAUGCCAAAAGACUGUUCUCGAAACAUUAGUAGAAAUUUAUCGCUCUAAUCCCAACAUGUUUCAGGAAAAUGCCAAAAAGUAUUUAUUGGGUUCCGUUGUUAUAACACGGUACAAUAACCGAACGUACAGAAUCGACGAUAUUUGUUUUGAGAAAAACCCAAAAGCUACUUUUCAAACCAAACAAGCUGAAGUAUCAUAUAUCGACUAUUACAAGCAAAGUCAUAAUAUUUUGAUUAAAGAUGAAACUCAGCCCCUAAUAAUCAGUAUCAAAAAACAAAAGACUGCUGAUAAGCAAGCUGCGGAAGAUUUAGUUGUUUGUCUUAUUCCGGAACUAUGCUACCUGACGGGCUUGCGUGAUGAUAUACGUUCGGACUAUAAGCUAAUGCGUGAGAUUGCUACAUUUACCCGAGUCUCGCCAAACCAAAGAUUACUCGCUUUGGAGAAGUUUUUCAAAAACGUAAACAGUUGUCCAGAAGCUCAAAAAAUACUUGAGUGUUGGGGUUUAACCUUGAAGAAUGCACAUGAGUAUUUAAAUGGUCGGCAAUUUGAGGAAGAAAAAAUCAUGUUGGGUAAAAAGCAAUUUGGGGCUGGUAUAAAUGCAGAUUUUUCUAAAUAUGUUGGAAACAAUGAGGUUUUGGAAGUUGUGCACCUUAGCAAUUGGAUUUUAUUCCAUUGCAAAACUGACUCGCGAUGCGCCAAAAACUUUUACGAACAUGUGGAUCGCAAUUCUCGUGCUUUAGGAAUAAGGGUGGAUAAGCCGAAAAUAGUUAUUUUGGAUAACGAUAGAGUGGACACUUACGUAAAAGCUUUGAGAACAAAUAUUGAUGGGCAAACACAAAUAGUUGUGUGCAUUAGUCCGACAAAUCGUGAUGAUCGCUACGCUGCAAUUAAGAAAGUUUGCUGCGCUGAAAUACCAAUACCAUCGCAGGUAAUUAACGCGCGAACUUUACUGAAUGAGGCUAAAAAUCGUUCGAUCGUGCAGAAGAUCAUGUUGCAAAUGAACUGCAAACUUGGCGGAUCAUUGUGGGCUGUAAAAAUUCCAUUCAAGAAUGUUAUGAUCUGUGGAAUCGACUCUUAUCAUGAUGCAGCACAAAAAGGCAACUCUGUCGCUGCUUUUGUAGCCUCUUUGAAUCAAAAUUACACUAAAUGGUACAGCAAAGCUGUCAUACAGGGCAAGCGAGAGGAAAUUGUGAAUGGCCUUUGUUCGUCAUUUACUGCUGCGGUAACACGUUUCCAUCGAGAGAAUGGAGUUUUUCCUGAUAACAUAAUCAUUUAUCGAGAUGGUGUUGGCGAUGGUCAAUUGCCGCUUUGUUCCGGCCACGAGAUACCACAACUGGAGGCGGCUUGCAAGCGCGCUUUCAAGGAUUAUGCUGUCAAAAUAACCUUUAUUGUUGUACAGAAACGUAUAAAUACGAGAUAUUUUUCUACGAAUGGAUCUAAUGUCGACAAUCCACCACCGGGCACAGUCGUAGAUAAUGUCAUAACACGUUCAAAGAUGUACGACUUUUAUUUGGUAUCGCAGACAGUACGUCAGGGCACCGUGACGCCAGCACAUUACAUAGUGCUAAGAGACGAUGCCAAAUAUAGUCCUGAUAUUAUACAAAGAUUGACAUAUAAACUCUGCUUUAUGUACUACAAUUGGCCAGGAACUAUUCGAAUACCUGCAUGCUGUCAAUACGCGCACAAAAUGGCGUAUUUAAUCGGCCAAAGCAUACGAAGGGCAACAUCGGAAGAGCUUUCCGAUAGACUAUUUUAUCUUUAAUAUUUUAUUUGAUAAUUUUCGUUUUAACUAAAAAAAAUAAAAUAAAUACAUAUCUGUGUUCAUAUGAAAUAGCAGAGCUGGGCGAUAAGGAUUACAUGUGUAACCGAUUGCAUCUAGGAUUACGAUUACUUUAAUCGCAAUUUCAAAAAUUAUUAAAUUAGGAUUGCGGUAAUCGUUCAUCGAAGGCAUCUUAGGUUACGAUUACAGUAAUCGUAAUUUCAACCAUUUUAAAAUUACAAUUACUGUAAUCGUAAUCUAAGGUCGUUCGUUGAAUGAUUACAAUAAUUUUAAAUUUACAAUUUUUCUAAUUAGAACCUUUUGAGUAAUCUUAAACGAAGUAAUUCUAUAAAUUUGCGAAAUAUUAACGCGCGCUUAUCGAUAAUAUGAGGAUAAUAUGUAUUUAUCUAAAAAAACAGGCAAAUAAAAGGAACCAAUAUUCAAAUAAAAUAAUAAGUAAAGUAGUGUGUGUGAAAUAAACUUUGUAUAACCGGCAAAUAAACAAUACAGGAUUACAAUUAAAGUAAUCGUUCAUCGAACGAACUUGGAUUACGAUUACAGUAAUCGUAAUGUUAACUUUUUUUAAAUUACGAUUACUGUAAUCGUAAUCUAAGUUCGUUCGAUGAAGGAUUACUGUAAUCUUAAUCUGGUUUUCUAGCUUUUUGGGAUUACUGCAAUCCUAAUCGUUUCGUAAUCGUAAUCCUUAUCGCCCAGCUCUGUGAAAUAGUAGCUCAUAUCGAAAGGCUGGCUUUAGUAUAAUGCGGCAUUCCGUUUAUCCAUACAUAUGGGCAUUUUCAAUCUGACGUGACGUGACAUUUGUAUAACAAAAAACUCAAAAAUAAAAUGAAAAAGUCGAAAUUUUAAAA